CGUGACUUUCGCGCAUUGCAUGCCGGGAGGUGGUGGCAAGACAUUCAAAUUACCGCAUUAAAUGCAGGCAUUUGCAGCACCGCAAAACGUUUAUUCUCACGUUCCAAUACCGUCUUGCUUUUUCUUUCCUCACCAAAAAAGGAAUGUACAAAACGAAGCAGAACAAUGCCGGUCCGUACAAAGACAGACUCGACGAAAAGGUAAAGAAAAGGUACGAGGAAAAAAUCAAAGGAGUGAAAGGGUUAGACCCUUACGAGGACACAGACUGGACAAAAGACGUCAGCGUGCUGCCCAACUUUCACCACGCUCAUAUUUAUAAUUAUACGGUUCUUGGAGUGAGUGCAUACACUCAUGAAGUUUUUAGUAACUUCAGGUCACUGCAACAAGCCCAGGUGCAGUUUACCGACGGAUGGGUACAGGACCUUGAAAUGCACCGUAUAGAACACAAGACCAUCGUAUGAACAAAGGUAAAUCACUCCAUGCGCCUCAGCCAAAAGCCUCUUCAGCCCUGGGUUAUUCUGCAAUCUAAUGGGGACGUUGAAAGUGCACAUUGAACAUGCAUGGCUGGUGUGGCAGAGAAGUGUGUGCAUGUGGCGGCUCUCCUUUACAAAGUUGACACUACUGUGCGUCUACGAGGUAAUAUCACGCCGACAGAUGUCCAAGCUUACUGGAUAAUGCCCUCCAACAUCAAGAGAGUGCAAGGAGUACCAGGCCACACAAUUGACUACACCACCAGUGCAGCAAGAAAAAGGGCACUCGACCAAUCCUUUAGUGCUGGACAAAGUGACUGUUCUCCAAAUCCCAAAAUCCGGACUCGCACUGGUGGCAGUUCACUACAAGUGCGUACACUGGCCGAUUUAAAGCCUCUCACAGAUCUCAUGCAUGAAAACCGGUCAGGCCUAUGCGCUGUUAUGGAGGACUUCUGCCACCUAUAUGCUGACCCUGUCCAGCCUCGUGUCCUCCCCAAAUCACUGCUACGUAUCUAUGACCCACAGAUGAAGGGCUGUGAGCUAUCUGUCCUUCUGCAGCACUGUGAUCGUCUGAAGCACUGUGUCAUUGUCUCAAAGGCUGAGGCAGAGGCACUGGAAGAGAAAACCAGGGAGCAGCACAAAUGUGACCUUUGGCACACAGCACAAGCAGGAAGAAUCACUGCGUCAAACAUACAUGCGGUUGUGUCCACCUCCACUGCCACUCCUGCGUUGUCAACUGUUAAGAAAGUGUGCUACCCACAAAAACUGUCACAUCAGCUCUCCAACCAUGAACCGCAACAAUUCAAGUGGGGAAGAGACAAUGAAAACACAGCACGAGAGUGGUACACCUCACAGGGAAAGGUGCAGCAUAGAGAACUUAAAGUUGAUAAGUGUGGUUUCAUAAUCAACCCCUCAUUCCCAGAAUUAGGUGCCACCCCUGAUGCGCUCGUAAAAUGUGAAUGUUGUGGUGAAGGAUGUGUGGAAAUUAAGUGCCCGUAUAAACACCGCAACAACAACCUCCUGCAGGCCUGUGAAGAUGACAGGUUUUGUUUGGGGUUAACAGAUGGAAGGGUGGAGUUGAAACAGACACACAUUUACUACAAGCAGGUACAAACACAGAUCUUUGUUACAAAGUCACACUUUUGUGACUUUGUUGUGUGGACAACAAAAGCUUGUGUUGUUACACGUGUGAUGCCAGAUGUAGACUUGUGGACUAAAAUGUUGCCUGUCGCUCAGGAUUUCUUCUACAAAGUUGUAAUGCCUGAGCUAUUGGCCAAUCACUACAGUGAUCCAGAAACCAGUGUUUCACAAGGGCCACAUUCCAUGGAUGUUACCGUGACAAAAAAAAAGAAAGAAAAAAGCUUGCAUAGAAAACUAACCAGAAAGUAUUUCAGUCACACCCAUUCAGAGACAACUCUUAUAUUGAAGGACUUUCUUGUGAUUUCAUGUUUAGUGUCACAUUACGGUGGACCCAUCUUCCUGUACUCUGCACUUUAUGGUUUGUGUUACCUGUUGUUCUGUUAUGCACAGUGAAUUAUUAGAACGUGUUUAAAUUGCUAUAAAUGUC